ACCACAACACCACGCUGAUUGGCUGAAUUGGCAGAAGAGGUUUCAGCUCAGUUCAAACCCCUUUCUAAGUGGCCAAUCAACUCUUAGAAAACAGAAUAAAUAAGAUAAUAGUGCGUAAGCGUCUCAUUUAUCUAAGUAGAGUUUGAAGUGUGGGGUAAACAGUCUACUGAUCUCUAUCACUUAACUCUAGUGUCAAGAGUUAGUUUUGGGCUGAUUUUAUAGGACAAAUUACAACUGAUGGAUAUUUCUUUAAGACCAACGGCCAUGAAGUAUUUUUUAAUCUGUUUUUUCUGCUCAACCAUAGGUGAAUAUACUUUUAUAUGCUUUAUUUUAAAUUCAAAAGCCUUUAUCACAAUGUAAUACUACACUUUUAUUUUGCAGUUUGCUCCUUUGGUUUGGAAGUUGUUCAGGAGAAUAAUGUAAAAAUAGCUGCAGUGGGAGAGGAUGUGAACCUUCCUUGUACAUUUUCAAGGUUUCUGCAGGCGACAAAAGCAUGGUUUAAACAAACAGCUGAUGGAAAAUCCCUACAAAUUGUGUCUUUAUAUCUAGAUCAAAUACCCAAUUGGAGUAACAACUCUGAGAAUCGUUUUAAUAUCAUGAAAGAAGACGGUUAUUUUAAUCUGACCAUUUUAAAGACAAAGCAGUCAGACUCUGCAACAUAUUACUGUGUAAUCUCAACUGCUUACAACAUUGGAAUGGGUUCAGGAACUCGAUUACUUGUCAGAGACGCAACCGCAGACAGAAACAGAACUCUUCAUCAGUCUUUGAUAGACACUGUUGAUCCAGGAGAUUCAGUGAAUUUGCAGUGCAGCAUCUUCACUGAGAGCUGUGCAGGAGAUCACAGCGUCUACUGGUUCAAGCAAAGCUCAGGAGACUCUGAAGGAUUGCUUUACACCAAAGGAGAGAGAAAUGGCCACUGUAAUAAAAGCACCAAGUCUCAAACACAGAGCUGUGUCUACAGUCUCCACAAGAACAACAUCAGUCGCUCUGAUUCUGGCAUUUACUACUGUGCUGUGGCCUCAUGUGGAGAAAUACUGUUUGGAAGAGGAACUCAACUGAAUAUUAGAGAAAGUGAUGCUGUAAAUCAAACUCUGAUUGCUCUUGGGAUUUUAAACGUCUUAUUUUUGGUGUACGCUGUUUUUGUGACCAUAAAACAAUGUAAGAAAGAUCAUCAAGGUGAAGACAUUCUGAUCAUUGCUGCCCAAAAUGACUUGAGUGCAGAAGGACUCAACAUGAACUUUUCUGAAGAACAUUCAUUUGUAAAGUACAGCAUGAUCACUCAAAAAAUGCCUACAAAACGCUUUAGGCCAUAAGAAGUUCAACUUAAGUCUAAAUGUGGCUUAGUUCAUUUUUAUGAUGUUUGCAGAAAAUAAUGUCAGAUUAAUGUCUUUUAAUAUAAUCUGAAAUGUCAUUUUGAA